UUAUACAGACAUUCUGCAAGGAAAGAGACUGCAGCAGAAGUUCCCAGCCACCCCGAGACUGAUGACAGGACUUACUGAUAUGGACGCUCUGAACCUGGACACUUACAAUCUCUCCCUCAUCACUGCCAAGGAGGAUAUACUGAGUGACAGGACCUCCACUGACUGGGCUGCUUUCACCUAUGAGAAGAAGUGGAGCCUGAAGUUACUGGAUUCUGGAGUUGGUAGAUUGGAAGAAUUCACCAAGAAAUGUAAAAAGAACCAGAUUCUGUACGGGUUCUGCCGAGUGAGUGACCCUAACAGCGGGGUGCCGCGAUUCAUCCUCAUACACUGGGUCGGGGAGAAUGUGGACCCGUCUCGGAGGGUGGUUAGUGCCCAGCACCUUCCUGCCAUCCGAAAGUUCUUCAAGGAGGCCAGUAUGGUGCUCAGUGCCCAGCGGGCAGAGGACAUAUCGGAGGAAGUGGUGACACAGGCACUGAACAAGGCACCCCAACCUGCCAGAGCUUCUCCGAAAUCUCGUGUUCCAGGUUCUCAUGAACUGGUAGGUACAAAUUACAUGAAGACAAACCCAGCGAUAGAGAUGAAGUUCAGCCGGAGAGACGCCUUCUGGCAGAGAUCGGAGAGAGAGGAGGAGAGGCGGAAGGAGAUGGAGCGGCUGCGGAUACAGGAGGAGCGCAUCGCGCUAGAGAGGGAGAGAAUACAAAGAGAGAGAGAGGAGGAAGACGAACGAGAGCGCAGGAUUCAGGAGAAGGAGCGACUGGUGAAUGAGCAGAGGAAGCAUCAGGCGCAACUAGAGGCCGAGCAGCGGAGGACAGAGAAAGCGCGGUGGAUUCAGCAGCAAAAGGAAUUUGAGGAGGAGGAGCGCGGACGGUUUAGGCGCAGUCAGUCUAUUGAGAUGGCCGCAGAGGCAGCUUCCCUUCUAUCGCUCAGGUCCAUGAAUCCUCGGGAGUUCUUCCGUCAGCAGGAACGUUCAGUGUCCAGCUCACUCUCACCACCAUCCACACCCAGCUCUCCAUCUAAAUCCCCUUCUGGUUUUUUCAGCAGACCAACAUUGCGAUACCAGCGCAGUAAUACAGAAUCUGUCUUGUCUUCCACAUCCCGAAGUCCAAAUUACAUGUAUGGUUUCCAAAAAAGAGACUCAUUCAGUUCUCCUUCACCUCACACCCCCCAGCCAUGUUCUCCAGCCUUCAUCUUCUCCAAGUCUCCCCUGCCUGUCACCUCUCCCAAGGUGGACUCUUUACCUACAUUCAUACCGCCUCCAAUUACCACCACUCGAGCCAGUCAGUCACAUUAUAAAGGGAGUUCUCCAACUCAUAAUACAUCACCAAAGUCUGUGUCUAGCGAUUCACUAUUUAGAGCUGAAUAUAUACCCCCAGCAGAGCCUCAGCAACUCACUAACUCCCCCCCAAACACCAACCCUCAGACAAGACCUGUACCCCAUAACAUUAUACCACAAGCAAACAUUCAGCAAACUUCUGUCUUGUCAAGUGGUAUAUACAAAGCUGAGCUUGUGCCUGUUGAUUCUUUAUCAACAUCUCAAUCUGAGGUCCAGGAAAAAACAAUUAUGGAAAAGUCGUAUGGCGCAAAAUCACCAACAUUCGACAAACCAUCUGCAAUAAAGGCCACCGUCUCUAUUUCCACUGCUAUGACUGAGAUAGCUUUUGCUAGUGCAACACCUAUUACAGAAGCUAUAAUUUCUACUGACCCCCUCAAUACAGAUGUAAUAGCGCCAAAAUCUACCACAGAUGCUACACAGCCAACUACUAAACCGGUUGUAGAGGUCAGGGUGCCUACUCCGACUGGACUGGUCUCAGUUUCUUCUGCUCCAGCCGCCGAAGAGGCGACUUUUCAAUCAUCCUCCAUUCUGAAUGUCACAGAGAAUAAAUCAAAUUUUAUUCCACCCAACAGAGGUGACACAUUUCCCACUACUAGCACUGUUAUUUUUCCUAUGGAUUCUGUCCCACCUGCUGCUUCACUGAUAGCAGACAAAUGUCCUCUUUCAACCCCUUUGUCAUCGUUUUUAUCCUAUGUGGGUCCUAAACCCUAUGCCCCAUUUAGUACAGAGACAACUAUCCAUAACACUUUAAAGACCUCACCAGUUGCUUUUGCACUACGUGAUGAUGCUCUGCUUUCUUCCUCAGGAUCCAUAAAGUACCUCAAUGAGGUUCCACCUUAUAAGACUUUAUCUAAUCCAAAACUGGAGACUUUACCCAAAUCUUCUACCUAUCCCUGUAUAUACUCACCUGAAUCUCCAGGUGAACCUCACAAUAACCAUGAUGAGCCUCCACUAACUGAAUCCUUACUUUUAGCUGUCUCCUUUACCAGUAAUGCUUCACCUAACCCAGAACCACUUGAUAACCAAACUGAGGUUUCACUACCUGAAUCUUUAUCUGUAUCUGCCUACCUUCCUACUGAUGCCUCACCUAAACCAGAACCCAAAAAUAACCAAAUUGAGUUUUCACCACCGGAAUCUUUACCUGUAUGUGCCGAACUUCCUACUGAUGCCUCACCUAAACCAGAACUCUAUAAUAACCAAGCUGAGGUUCCACUGCAAGACUCUUUACCUGUUGAUCUGUCCCUUCCCACCUAUGAAUCACCUGAACAUGAUAAUAAUCAAACUGAUGUUCCUCUGCCGUCAUCUAUACCUUUAGCCAUCUCCUUAGCCACUGAUGUCUCACCUGAGUCUGAACCCAAUAAUAACAAAACUGAUGUUUCACUACCUGAAUCUUUGCCUGUAUCUGCCUACCUUCCUACUGAAGCCUCAUCUAAAUUAGAACCAGGUAAAAACCAAACUGAGGUUCCUUUUCCUGAAUCUUUACCUAUAGUCGUUUCUUUUACCACUGAUGACUCACCUGUGCCUGAAAACAACAAAACUGAGGUUCCACUACCUGAGUUUUUACCUGUUGCGGUCUCCUUUUCCACCAAUGAAUCACAUGAACCCGAAAAUAACCAAACAGAGGUUCCUUUACCUGAAUCUUUACCUAUAGCUGUCUUCUUUUCUACUGAUACCUCACCUGAGCGUGAAUCGGUUAAUGACCAAACUGAGGUUCUACUACCUGCAUCUUUACCUUUAGUCGCCUCCUUUCUUACUGAUGCCUCACAUGAACCUGAACCAAAUAAUAACCAAACUGAGGUUCCUCUACCUGUAUCUUUACCUAUAACUGCCCCAGUUCCCACUGAUGCCUCACCUGUGCCUGAACCAGAAAAUAACCAAACUGAGGUUCCACUACCUGAUUUUUUACCUGUUGCUGUCUCCCUUUCCACCAAUGAAUCAUGUGAACCUGAUAAUAAACAAAUUGAUGUUCCUUUACCUGAAUCUUUACCUACAGUUGUCUCCCUUCCCACUGAUGCCUCAUCUAAAUCAGAAUCUGGUAAUGACCAAACUGAAGUUCCUCUAUUUGAAUCUGUACUUGUGUCUGCCCUCCUUCCUAUCGAUCCAUCACCUGUGCUUGAACCAGAAAAUAACCAAUAUGAGGUUCCACUACCUGAAUCUUUACCUAUAGUCAUCUCACUUACCACUGAUGCCUCAUCUAAACCAGAACCUGAUAAUAACCAAGAUGAGGCUCCACUGCAUGAAUCUUUACCUGUUGCUCUGUGCCUUCCCACCUAUGAAUCACCUGAUUAUGAUAAUAACCAAAUUGAGGCUCUUUUACCUGAAUCUUUACCUAUAAUUAUCUCACUUACCACUGAUGCCUCACCUGAGCCAGAAUCCAAAAAUUACCGAACUGAGGUCCCUCUACCUGAAUCUUUAUCUGUAGCUGUCUCCCUUUUCACUGAUAGCUCACCUGAGCCUGAACCAAAUAAUGAUCAAACUGAGGUUCCACGACCUGAAUCUUUACCUAUAGCUGUAUCCCUUCCCACUGAUGCCUCACCUGAGUCUGACUACGAUAAUGGCCAAACUAAGGUUUCUAUACCUGAAACUUUGCCUGUAGCUGUCUCUCUUCCCACUGAUGACUCACCUGAGUCUGAAACCAAUAAUGGCCAAACUGAGGUUUCUAUUCCUAAAACUUUACCUGUAGCUAUCUCCCUUCUCACUGAUCGCUCACCUGAGCCUGCACCAAAUAAUGAACAAACUGAGGUUCUACUACCUGAAUCUUUAUCUAUAGCUGUCUCCCUUCCCACUGAUGCCUCACCUGAGUCUGAAUCCAAUAAUGGCCAAAUUGAGGUUCCUUUGUCUGAAACUUUACCUGUAGCUGUCUCCCUUCCCACUUAUAGCUCACCUGAGCCUGAACCAAAUAAUGAUCAAACUGAGGUUCUACUACCUGAAUCUUUUCCUAUAGCCGUCUCCCUUCCCACUGAUGUCUCACCUAAAUCAGAACCUGAUAAUGACCAAACUGAGCUUCCACUUCCUGAAACUUUACCCACAUCAGCCUACCUACCCACUGAUGUUUCACCUAAAUCCAAAGUGAAUUAUAGCGAAACUGAAGUUCCAUUGUUUGCUCCUUUACCUCUAUUGGAAUCCCUUCACAGCAAUGGCUCACCAGAAUCUAAACCAUUUAAUAGCCAACCUGAGAUUCCUCUUUCUGAACUAUUACCUGUAUCUACUUACCUUCUCACUGAUGCCUCACCUAAUUGUGAACACAAUAAUAACAAAACUGAUGUUCCCCUACCUGAGCCUUUACCUUUAUUUGACUACUUUCUUACUGAUGGUUCAUCUGAUUCUCAACCCAAUAAUAACAAAACUGAGGCUUUACUUAUUGAGUGUUUACCUUUAUUUACCUCCAAUUUCACUGACGGGUCGCCUGAAUCAGUACCUCAUAACCAAACUGAGGUUUUAAUACCUGAAUACUUACCUAUACCUGCCAACCUCCCAACCGAUGCCUCAACUACAUCUGAACUCGAUAAUAACCAAACAGACAUUCCACCAAUUGAGUCUUCACCAGUAAAUGAUUGCAUUCUUACUGAGCACUCACCUCAAUCCAAUAACUGUCAUAUGGAGGAUCCACUAAUUGACUCUUUAACUCUCUUUUACUCUGUCCCCAUUGACAACUCACAGGAAUCUCAAUCCAGUGAUCACCAAACUGAGGUCCCAGUAUUUACAUCUUUACCGGUAUUUGACUCGCUUCUCACUGAUAACUUACCUGAAUCUCAGCCCAAUAAUGAUCAAAACCACCAUGCCUCCUUUGUUACUAACAACUCACUGAAAUCUCAGCCUAGUUAUGAUGACCAAGUUGAUGUUCCACCAGUUGACGUUUUACUUGUAUCUGCCUCACUGCCCAUCAAUGGCUCAAAGGAAUUCCCCACUCAGGUCAAUGAUGACUUACAUAGCAUCUCAUCAGUUGAGGCUUUACCUGUAUGUGUCUCCUCUCCCAUGGACAGCUCGCCUGAAUACCAAGCCGAAAUCAAUGAGAACCAAAUUGAGGUUCUGCCAAGUCAGUCUUUACCUCUGUCCUCCUCUCUUCCCACUGCCAGCUCACAGAAACCUCAACCGCAAAUUGUUGACCCAUAUGGUGACAUUACACAACCUUUGAACACUGCUCCGACGUGUGAAUCACUGUCCACAGAGAGACUGAUUAUGCUGGAGGACACCCAUCCUGGUAGCCCACCAGUCACAAGAAACGUCUCUGCAUGUGAGCCACUCAACACAGAUGGCUCCAAAGGCAUAGUUGUUCAAAGCACAGAUGAUGUCAUAGUCCACCAUACCUUCCCCACCAAUACCUUGGUAGGUGAGACUCUACCAGCAGAAGUCCUCAUUUUGUAUGGCUCUGUGCCAAAUCCCAAUGACAGCUCAGCACAUGGCAACCACAAACAUCCAACAGUGACCCCUCUGCAGGCAAUGGAAACUGCUGAUCAUGACCAUACCACGUCCCAGCCUUUUCUGUGAUCUAAGUCCCGCAUUUCAAGUGGACGACCUCUAGUGUAAUAGAGGUGUCAGGCGUUGAUUAUGUAUCCGGGAACAAACGUGGAGCAUUUGUGACCUGGGAAUUGUACUUUUUUCCACAAAUCUCAUAUCCUGGGCAGGUGACAUCGUCAGAGCUCAAAGACUCGCAUGGACGUCACUUCACCUUUAUAUAGCACCGUCAAUGCUCAAUAACCCCACUGACUGGAUGUGAAGGGAGUUUUCAUUAGUCCAACAGAUUGGUCAAAAGACAGAAGAUAUCUGGAUUUUUUACCCUUCAGUGAGAAGACAUCUUAAUUUCUUAUCAAUCAAUAAAAGGACAUCUGGCUUUCUCAUUAUUCCUCAACAAGAAAAGGUCUUCUGCUGAUGUUAUUAUUAUUAUUAAGAGUUUCUUAUAUAGAGCAGCAAAUUCUGUUGCGUUUUACAACUGGACACAAUGAUAAAAUCAAACUGGGUACUAACAAACAGUCCCAGAGUUAGGAGGGCCCUGCUCACAAGCUUACAAUCUGAAAAUUGUCAUUGAUACACAGGGAUAGGUGCUAUCUAUUGCAUAGUUGUCCACCGGAUUGCAAAGGUUCUAGGAGGGCUGCAUGAUAUCACAUCACAGCAAUGAUGAACCAGGAUCAGAAGGAAGGGAAAGUGAAGAGAGAAUAUGUGAGGAUAUGUGUGGACUGUACUGUGGGGAUAUAAUUGGAUAGGAAAGCUUAUGAAGGUUGAGUGAGCGGUUCUGGAAUGUGAUAAACUGCCUGAAGAGAUGAGUUUUCAGGGAACCCUUGAAGGUUUGGAGACUAGGGGAGAGUCUUAUUGUGCAUGUUUUAGGUUUCUGUUCUCAUUGUCCAUCAAUAUGUCAAGGAAUUCCAUUCUGCUCAAACAUCCAUAAGAGGACAUGUUGUAGUAUCAGUGCUCUAUACCUACCCACAAAUGAAGGUUAAUUUUUAGCUCUGUUCAUCUAUCAUUAAAUCAAUGUCUUCUUUUCUCCAAAACCAUUAAUGAGAGGAUACCUUCAACCAUUAAUGUGGCAGUGACUCCAGUUCUCAUAAACCAACGAUGAAAGGUUACCUUCAUCCAUUAAUGUGGGAAUGACUCCAGUUCUCAUAAACCAACGAUGAAAGGUUACCUUCAACUAUUAAUGUGGAAAUGACUGCAGUUCUCCUAAACCAAUGAUGAAAGGUUACCUUCAACUAUUAAUGUGGAAAUGACUACAGUUCUCCUAAUCCAACAAUGAAAGGUUAUCUUCAACCAUAAAUGUGGAAAUGACCGCAGUUCUCCUAAACCAGCGAGGAAAGGUUACCUCCAACCAUUAAUGUGGAAAUAACUGCAGUUCUCCUAAACCAACGAUGACAGGUUACCUUCAACCAAUAAUGUGGGAACGAUUCCAGUUCACUAAAUACAUUAAUUAGAGGAUACAUUCAACCUUUAACAUGUGAAUGACUUCAGUUUUUCAUCAAUGAGAGAAAAAUCUUCCUGCUUCCAGAGAUCACUUUGCAGAUAGAUUUCAUACUCAGGCAUGCAGAACUUGAUUCACAAGUGUAUUAAAUUGUGUCAUUAGGUAACUCGAGUAAUUAAUAUCACAUUUUCUACAGAGUUUAAGGGUGUCAUUACGAGUUGAUCGCCCGCUAGCAACUUUUUGCAGUGCUGCGAUCAUAUUAAAUCUCGUCAAAAGUGCGUAUGCACCGCAAUGAGCAGGCACGUCGUACGGGUACAAAUAGGAUCAGUGCUGGUCGAUGGAUUUAACGAAUCCAUUCGCACAGCCGAACGCAAGGUGAUUGACAAAAAGAGGGCAUUUAUGGGUGUCAACUCACCGUUUUCUGGGAGUGUUUGGAAAAACGCAGGCGUGUCCAAACGUUUGCAGGGCGGGUGUCUGACGUCAAUUUCGGGACCAAAAAGACUGAAGUGAUCGCAGUGGCUGAGUAGGUCCAGAGCAACUCAGAAACUGCAAAAAACUUUUUUGUGCCGUCGCCUGCAAAAGCGAUCGCACACUUGCAAAGCGAAAAUACACUCCCCUAUGGGCGGCGACUGUCUGAUCGCAACACAGCAAAAAGUUGCUAGCGAGCGAUCAACUCGGAAUGACCCCCUAAGUCACUUAUGAUAACAUAAAGUCUUGUGUUAGUAUAUAGUGAUCACACUGAACAAAUGAGAAAUGUGUAAUGUGACGUCUUGACGGGAUGAGACCAUCACAUGGCUGGUGUGGCUGGUUCACACUAAGUAUCACCUGUUGUGGAUAUGUUGGAGAGCAUCCUGUGUUCUCUAUUGAUUCCACAUGUUGUGGCACAUUUAUUUAACCUGUCACUAGAAAUGUAUAAUAUAAUGAGAAUGAUUAAUAAACACACAAAUUAUA